UAUUUACAUAUAUGUAGACCAGAAAUGAUUUUCUUCAACUGUUGAUGGACACGGCAGAGGAGACUUAUAAGAGUGAGAAAAAAGAUGAUGUGGAUGAUGAUGACAUUGCUGCAAAAUAUGGACAAGAUUUUGUCAACCAAACGAUUUUUAAUACAUCGGAAAAUAAAAACCUCUCGAUGGAUGAGUUGGUGGCCCAGUGUGUCAUUUUCUUUUUGGCUGGUUACGAAACCACAGCAACAUUAUUAACGUACGUCCUGUACUGCCUGGCUCUCAAUGGGGACAUUCAAGAGAAAGCUUACCAGGAAAUUACACAAUGCUUAAAAGAGACAAAUGGUGAAUUGACCUACGAAGCUUUACACAACAUGAAAUAUUUAGAUAACAUCAUUUCAGAGACUUUAAGACUCUAUCCGCCAGGAGUGAGAACUGAACGAAAGGUUGCAUCAGAAUAUAAACUGGGUGACACUGGUAUUAUUUUGGAAAAAGACAUGAUUGUUAGUGUUCCUAUAUUUGCUAUCCACCGAGAUCCAAAAUAUUAUCCAAAUCCUGAGAAAUUCGAUCCAGAUAGAUUUUCAGCGAAAGAGAUAGCUAAAAGAGAUUCCUACGUUUAUCUACCCUUCGGACAUGGUCCGAGAAAUUGUGUCGGCAUGCGGUUCGCUUUACUUGAAGCCAAAGUCUGUCUCGUAUAUAUUAUCAGCUGCUUUAAGACUAAGCCAUGUGAUAAGACACCAGUACCCAUGAAGUUUAACCACAACGCUUUUGGUAUUCUUCAACCCAAAGAUGUUUUCCUGGCUACAGAAAUAAGAAAAGAUUGUCUACUCAAGCCUUAAAUACUGAUGAUGUUAUUUUAAUGUUCCAUCUGCAUGAAAAUUUUUUCAUACUAUUAAUUGCUGACUAGUUUUUGCGAAGCAAUAUUAAUUAUUAUCUUAUGAAGUGAUAUCAUAUGCAUGGUUCUCAAAAUAUUCUGGAAAAAUAAUAAGAGUUCGUGUAUUAUCAAUGAUCUUCCUGUUUUUACGACGUUCAUCUAAAUUUAUAGUGUGUUUAAGAAGUGCAAAAUUAACAUUUGCUUGCAGGGCUGUUUUGUAAUUAUUCCCCUUAACAUCUACAUGCUUCACUCCCUUUCUCUUUAUUCUGUUAAUUGACUUGUUUCACGCUCUUCAGUAGUGAUUGAUUAAAUUUCGAUUACUUAUUUUUCUCUUAGAUAAUUAGUGAACUACUUUAUUGACUUCAUUUUUGACAAGAGAUUUUAAAAACUUGCAUUGAGGGGAGGACAUUACGAAACACCAUCUAUGUAAUUCAUGUACUAUUAGUUCCGUGUAUUUCCUACGUUUUGUAAAUAAAUAAAAUGUAACGCGCUGGUCAUUUUUUUAAUAAUAAAGUGUUGUUCAUUAUUUUUAA